AUGGAACGUGGCGAUGAUUCUGCAUGCGCGUCUUGGGAUGGUUCCCAGCAUUCGUGGAACGACUAUGUCAGAAAAGUGAGACUUCAGUGGGCCAGAACUCCGGAGAAGCGUAAGGGCCUCUUGGGGGCAGAGUUGGUUUCCAGACUUUCUGGGAAGGCGUGGGAUGUGACCCGUGAACUGGAUUUUUCCCGACUGCAGGAUCGUGACGGCGCUGCUUAUCUCCUGGAGGUGCUAGAGCAGCGCCUAGGCAGAACCCCGGUCCCAGAUCUAGGCGUACGCCUAGAGCAGCUUUUCAUGAGAACAAGGAGAUCACCGGGGCAAAGCAUGUCUCAGUGGUCGGCUGAACUGAGAGAUGCCUACCGUAACCUGCAGAGAGCUAUGGCCAGAGCACGAGCGGGAAGUCCUACGAAGAACGGCUCGCCCAAGGCAGGAGGUUCGAGUUCGCCAGCGAAGCUGAGCUCUACGGCUUUGAGGAGGAGAUCAUGGACCACGGCCGAGCCCGAGCCAGGUUUUGGUCUUGACGAAGACGACAGAAGAGAGGAUGUCGAUGACACCGGCGAACAUCCUGACCAUGAACUCCCGGUGGCCGAUGAAAGGCGUACUGGGGCCCAUUCUCGUGAGGCUGGUGAUGCAGCAGCAGAACCCACUCGUGCCUGGACGGCAGAGGAAUGGGAAGCAUGGUAUUCUGGAUGGAAUGGACGGCGCCGAGGACGCUGGGAGAAUACCAGUGACGGAGGAGCAACGCAAGCUCAGACGCCUCUUCCAGAGCCCAAGUGGGAACGCUUUGCUCUGGAGGAGGUGGAGGUGCUGCCACCAGAAAUUCUUGGCUGGUUGCUGCUGAGGAGAGCUAAUCUGAGCAGUGCGUCACGUCUUGCAAUCCUCAGCGUGACAGGCAACAAGCUUGAAUUCGACCUGGUGGAGAAGGCUCUCCGUGACCAAGAGGAAGACUUACUUGCCUCGGAGCGACAACGAGAUCCCCGUGCCGCACGACAUCGUCGAAGCUACUGGGUGGAAGACCAAGGCGAAUGGGGUUUGCUCGCUGAAGAUGCCUUUGAUGAGGCACAUGAAGGAGGCGACGCCUCCCUGGACAUUCACUGGGUAGGCAACAGACUUCCUGCCGAAGUAUACCCCGUCGAGGAGAUUGACGAGGAGUGGACCUCCUAUGGUCACGACGGUGCCGAGAUACACUGGGUGUGGUAUGAUAAUGAGUGGCAGACCCAGGAUGCUGAAGGUGCUUGGUGGACGUGGUCGGACUCAAAGCCCUGGAUGGAGAUUGACGAGUGCAUGGCUGUGGACCCCCAGGCAGGGAAGGAGUUAGCAGACACCUUCGCCACCUUUCAGGACAAGGUGAGGACUUUUCGCGAGAGCCGCAACCUGAUGAAGGCCGCUCAGACUUCCAGAGGGUUCUUUCCGAUGAAGGGCAGCAAGGGCUCCAAGAAAGGGCGUUCGAAAGGAAAAGGCUUUGGACGUCCGAAAGGUAAGGGAGCCAGUGCACUUGCUCUUCAAGGUGAUCGUGGAAGUUCCAGUUCCGCGUCCGGACAGAGGCCAGGGCAACCGGAGUGUACGGGGUGUUUCAUCUGUGGAUCCAAAGAUCAUGAGUUCAAGAACUGCCCUAAGCGCAAGUUACCUGGGAAGUCCGGUGGACCUGGAGGAAAGUCCUACUUCCUUGAAGACAUCUCCCUCGAGGAAGUGUCCGAGGGUGAGAUUCGGGAUAACCACACAGCCAUGGAAGAGCACAAUCUCGAGGUCCCUGUGUAUGAACCAGCGAUCCAGUUUGAUGAGUUGAAUGAUGACUCCAAGACAGUCUUGAAGGUGGAGCUUCGGGAUAACCACACACCCGUGGAAGAGCACAACCUCGAGGUCCCGUUUUAUGUUCCAGAUGCAGUGUACAUGGUGAGCCCAAUCGAAGCCCCAAGUGAUGGAGAACGUGAAUCCACUCCGCAUCCAGAUGGUGCUCUACUGUGCAACACGGAGAUCCUGUACGAGGUACCGUACCCCGAGGCUACGUUUACGGUGAAUGCCUUGGAGUCAAUGUGGGCCACAUCAGGUCAGAUGUACCCUGGAUAUGCAGUUGUGGACAGUGGAGCAACGGAGUCAGUUGGCUCCUUGGAAGCCAUACAAGCAGUCAUGUGCAGACGUCGGGAGCUUUAUGGCGUGGAGACAGUGAGGAUUUGUCCGAAUCCUCACAAGACCUUUCGUUUUGGCGAUGGCGAGCAGCUGUCGGCGAUGAGCUACGUGGAGCUGCCGCAGAAACUUCACCAACGAGAGAUCUCUUUCAGUGUGUACUCACUGGAUGUGCCGCGAGUUCCCAUUUUGAUGAGCAUUCGCACCCUCAAGAAGCUGGGGGCGAUUGUGGACUUUGGCGAGCGGACGGUGUGUUUUUGCAAGAUAGACAGGACCAUUGUCAUCCCCCUUACCGAGACUCGCUCAGGCCACCUUUUGAUAGAUUUAACAAAGGACUGGCUGAACGCAGCCGGGAACCGUGAUAGCUGCAAGGAUCGGCUUCCUUUCGCAUCGACUUCCUCCCACAGCGGUGAGCAAUACAUGAGUGUUGAGGGUGAACGUUGUGAAGGGGAUCAGUGCUUGCCUUCAACAUGUGUUCCCGAACAUGACAUGUCAGACAAGUCUGCAGUGCCGUCAGUGUAUGAUCUGUCUUCGCCUGAGCUGGAUCGACCCGUUGAGUUCAUGGCGCAGCGGCGACCCUCGGCACAGACACCUACGAUGUCGACGCCGCAGGAGAGGUCAGCAGCAGCUUCCUCGGCCACUGUGGAGAAGAAGAAGGGCCAGAAGGAGAAGGCCAAGAUCCCCGAGGAAGAGCGUUACGACUUCUCAAGACAGGAGGGCCCGGACCCGAGAGACGGACGCACAGCUGGGGCGCCAUGCUACGGAGAACACCAGAUUAUGAAGCCCGGACGCGGGAGCCUCUCCGGCUCCAACGCCCACGGAUGGUGGCGAGUGUGCGAGAAGUGCAGACUAAGGUUGGCCUAUGCACCAGCUUGGGGCGCUCACGGACACUUUCGCCAAGCAGGGCCCCUCAAUGCGGACGUGAAGAAGGUGGUGAUGGAGGUCGCCGAGAAGGAGAAAGCUGGGGAGACUGUGGACCGCGAUGUCCUCAACGCCAAGAAUGUGGCCCUGGACGGAGCGGAGAAGUCUCUCAUCGACAAGCUGAGCAAGGUUCGUGCCGAGAAGGAGAAGAAUCUGGCCAAGUCCAAGGGAGCUCAGGCAAAGUCGAAAGCGGCACCUCCUUCAGUUACGACAACUUCGUCGGAGGCACCUGCUACUCCGUCCAUGGUGGACCUGACCCGCGACCAGGCGAUGAAUGUGACCCCGGGCCGGAAGAAGCAACGCGAGAACGAGAUGACGGCGGAAGAACAAGAGUACCAAGGAAUGAGUGACGAGCUUAUGAUUCAACGCGAGAAGGAGGAGAUCGAGGACAUUGCCGAUCGCCUGAUCCUGGAGGAGCGCUACGAGGACGAUGAGUGCCUGGAAUUCAUCGAGCUCAUGCUGGAGGCCAACCAGGAGAACUCCACCCGGGGCAUCUUGAAUGAUGAGGAUAAGAACGAGUACCUGUGCUUCGGCCUCUACGCUUUCGGCAACCACUAUGGGGUGACAAACCGCACUCACCGUCUGGGCAAGGCAGUAAGAUACCUCAACAACUUCCUCCUCCGACGCAUGCCCGACCACCGCUGGACGAGCCUCGUGAUCUCGAACAACAAUCUUUUGCCAAUGCGCAAGGACAAUCACAACAUUGGUUGGCAUGCCCUGUAUGGCCUGGGAAACUACUCAGGUGGUGGUCUUUGGCAAGAGAUUGUGUCUGAGAAUGACUCUGGUGGAAGAGCAGUACACUGGCGUUCCGACGGAAAUGGAGUCCUUCGGCCAGGAGUGAUACAUGAAUCUCGAGGCACUCCUGUUUACUUCCCUCCAAAAGUGAAUCAUGCCACGGAACCCUGGAAAGGCAACAGAAUCCUCAUUACAGCGUGGACGAGCCGAGGGAUACAAGCAUGUGAACCAAAGAAUCGACGACUACUUCGUCGGCUGCUCUUUCCAGUUCCUAUGAAAAGCGAGAUACAGUGUUUCACAAGCACCUGCUCAUGUGAGUGUAUUCUGGCGGAAGAAGAUGAAGAUGGCAUGAUCACUGUGGAGCGAGAGACGCCGGAAGACGUCCAGGAAAGUCUGGAGGAGAUCCUGUUGGCCGCUCAAGAAGAGCUGCGCACGCAGAUCACGGAGUUGCCCCAGGUGCGAAAGUAUGACUUGGACCUACUUUGCCUGGGAGGACAAAAGCCCAGCUACUUGAGUGAAUGGAUCGUGGCCAAUGCAGGCUCCAGCUUUGCGGAACAGGUUCUGGCCACGUGCGCUUCACGCUGGCUCGAGAUUGAACUCCCCUUCUUUCAAGAUGAGACUGAGGGUGAAAAUGUUCGAUCCUCAGAGGCACAGGCGGACACACUGGCCUGGAAAGAUCCUCAAGUCAAGGACUGCUUCCACCUCCUGAUGAAGUACCACAUGAUCGACAAGGACGUCGGGACCCUCGAGAUCAAGCAAGUAUGGGAGCAUGUGAACUUCCGAGGUCACAAGAAAGCCGAGGAACAAUGGAACCGGAUUGGCCAGGACAUCCUCGACCAGACCGAAACUGCCCUGGCGGUGGAGAGCACCCUUCCUGUGGAAAGUUUUUCGGCGGAGGAGAGAAAGAAGUAUCAAAAGAUUGUGCACCAGCUGCACAAAAGAGCCGGACAUCCCUCGAAUCACACGCUGGCUGGAAUGCUUCGAGCCCGAGGAAUCCAUAAGGAGGUGGUGAAGAUGGCUUUGGAUCUGCAGUGUGCUGAUUGUCAAGAGAUGCGAUUGGCAGACUCUGCCCCUGCGGUAUCCCUCCACCAGUCGGACACUCCUUGGAAAGUUAUACAGGUGGACAAUGCCGAGCUCAAGGUGGGUAAUCAAGUGACCCACUUUAUGCUGAUUGCGGAUGAGGCAACUCACUUGAUUGUGGCAGCCUACCUGUAUACCAGGGAGAACACUGAGGGGAGAAACGCAACGGCAGAGGAGGCAGUGAAAGCAAUAGAACAACAUUGGGUGCAGAUGUUCGGCCUCCCCGCUACACUUCGCCUUGAUCCGGAGGGAUGCUUCAGAUCAAAGUUUCUAGAAGAGUGGGCCUCUGAGAGAGGAGUUGAAGUGUUGCCCAGUCCAGGAGAAGCCCAUCAACAGACAGGAUUGGUGGAAUCUUUGAUUGGCAAGGUGAAGAAAGAUGCAAUCACCUUGAUGGCUGGAGAUGCUAUGGACCCCUUCCGCGCUAUCCUGAAUGUUGUUGCUGCCCACAAUACGGUACAUCGUACGAAAGGCUUCUCCCCGGCACAGUGGGCUUUCGGUAGAGAUUUUGGAAGUGAUGGCCGACUGUUUGACAGUGAACAUGGACUUCCAUGCGUACAAGCGAAGGUCUACAACGACACGACCUUCGGAGAGAGUCUCAACAUAAGAGAGGCCGCUGCGGCUGUCUAUCGCAAGUCACAAGCAGACCAUCAGAUGUCUCGGCUGAUGAACAUGAAGACAAGGCCAAGUCGCCAAUACCUGCCGGGUGACCUGGUGUACUACAGAAGAGUGAAGCCACCUGCCGACAACCCUGCACAUCCAGCUCUUGGGGCACCCAAGAUCAAUGGUGGACGUUGGUAUGGACCAGGAAGAGUGGUGGCGACUGAGACUCGCUCUGAUUGCUAUGGUUUGGAGCGACGGCCAAUGAAAGUGGUGUGGAUCUCGUCAGCUGGACGACUCAAGAGGUGUGCCCCUGAUCAGUUGAGACAUGCCUCAGAACGAGAAGCAAUCCUUGCUGAGGAGGCAACGGAGAAGGUCACUCCGGGCUGGACGUUUCAUUCUCUUCUGCGUGGCCUGGACAAAGGAAACUUCGAGAUUUUCGAUGACUAUGUGUUCCCAGAGAACUCAGAAGUGAAGGUGCACAGACGAAGUCACCGCUCAAGGACACCCGCACGAGGAGAUCAACGAGCUCCUCAGGUUGUCCCACAGAACGAAGGGGAAGCACCAACGUCAUCUACUUCGAGUCAGAUUCCAAGAACUCCAGGACGAACAGGAGAGGCACCAACGUCAGCUACUUCAAGUCAGAUUCCGAGAACUCCAGGACGAACAGGAGAGGCAUCAGGGGUCAAAAGACAUGUGUCGUUGGAUCGCUACCUGACAGACCCAGGGUACAAUCCAGAUCUAUUUCAGCAAGCUAUGAGACGUCCGGAGGGUCCUGGAUCAGGUGAAGCAGCUGGAGAGCUUCAAGAUAAUACUGCGUUCAAGAAGGCGAGACAACAACAUGAAUUACUAGACCGGCCUCUACACGUCAUACAACAAGAACGUCCUGGAGGAGAUGCUUCACAUCCCGAAGCAGGCUUUCACCUAGAAGGACAUGGUCUUGUGUCAGAUGACGAGCUGCUGGUGUGCAAGUUUGAGAUUAAGCUUCCAGAGAGGGCUAAUCAAUGGAAGAAGUUCAACCGGGAUGCUACCUCAUGGGUGGUGAACGACCUGCGCAAGAAUGAGGUAAAGUAUGCUCGCCUCAAUCCUGAGGAAAAGAAACAGUUCGAUGCCGCCAAGACGUCAGAGAUCAAUCAAUGGAUCAAGGAGAAGGCAGUCAAGCGCGCUACAGCCGAGAUUCCCCGCGGGAGAGUGAUGAGAAUGCGCUGGGUGCUCACGUGGAAAUCGGAUCCACAACCAGAAAAUCCCGACCACCACAAGGCUAAGGCACGGCUGGUGGUGGUAGGAUUCGAGGACCCGGACUUGACUGAAGUCUCACGAGCAUCACCUACAAUGACUCGUCGCACGAGACAGUUGCUCUAUGUCUUGGCGCGAUUGCGAGGCUGGAGAACUAUGAAGGCAGACGUGAAAGCUGCCUUUCUGCAGGGAGAAGGAUCCCAGCAGCAGAGAGAGAUAUUUGCGAUGCCGCCAUGCGAACUGUCCCAGGCCAUGAACAUCCCACCUGGAGAGGCCAUUCAGCUAGUCAAAGCUGCGUACGGCCUAGUUAACGCUCCGGCCGAAUGGUAUAAGUCGGUGCAUGCCACAUUGUCCAGACUGGGAUUCCAGAGGUUACGCACUGAACCUUGUUGUUGGCGACUCACCCGCUAUGUCGCCGGCAAACCAGUUCUUCUGGGAGUGGUGGUUGCACACGUGGACGAUUUUAUAUUGGCCGGAAAUGAGAAUGAUGAGAUGUGGCUACAAGCAGUGCGAGACUUCCACUCCACAUAUCGGUGGUCACCUUGGGAAUGCCGAGACUAUCCCCACUGUGGAGUGCAAAUACAUGAGGGCGAGCAGGAAACGGUCAUGUCACAGGCCGACUACUGCGCACAGCUCAAGCAGAUUGAGGUUUCCAAUCGAGAUGAAGACCUCCCGGCCACCGAAGAGGAGAAGAGUCAACUACGUGGAUUGUUGGGCGGAAUCCAGUGGAGAGCCUACUCCACGGCUCCCCAGCACCUCGCGACGCUGUCCAUGCUCCAGACACAAGCGAAUGCAGCUACUGUGAAGACCCUGAAAGCCGCGAAUAAGCUAUGUCGUGAAGUAUACCACCAUCGACAUGAAACAAUCAGGAUACAAGAUUUAGGAGUGCAGCCUGAAGAUGUCGUUUUUCUCACAUGGUGCGAUGCGGCUGUGGGCAACCGCCCUGACUUGAAAAGUACUGGAGGACAUUUGGUCUGUGCUUCUGUUCCCGCGAUUCUUGAAGGGGAAUCUGCCCCAGUGAUUCCCAUAUCUUGGAAGAGCGGAAAACUGCAACGAGUAUCACGCUCCUCGCUCGCUGCAGAGACACAAGCAUGUUCGGAAGCUGAAGAAGAACUGAUGUAUGUCAGGGUUCAAUGGUGGGAAAUGCUUGGAUACGAUAUUGAUCUUCGUCGGCCAGAACAAGCAUGUAGCAAGGUCACAGGAGCUCUGAUUACAGAUGCGAAGAGUCUCUACGACGUGUUGAUGAAGGGUGACCUCAAUAGUGCAGCAGCUGGCUUGAAAGAAAAAUACAGUGCUUUGGAAGCCCUGUCUUUGAUCGAACGUAUCCAUGCCUCCAAGACCAAGAUCCGGUGGGUUCACAGUGACGCUCAGGUUGCAGAUGCCUUGACGAAGCCAUCGCCGAGUGGAGCAUUACAUGCUUUGCUGACGCUGGGCCGUUGGAAACUCAUAUAUGACCCGUCGUUCACCAGCGCCAAGAAGAGACGCCAAGAAUUCAAUUUUCGGCAGUAG